AGCUUUCCGCAUCACACGCGCAAACAGCGGAGUAUUUUUCUUCCUCCCCCUCUUCUCACUCUGUGUUUGUAUAUGUGUGCUUCACACCGGAGAGCGACCAGAGAAACAACAACCACAUAAGCAGGCAAAGGAUAACAGAGUGGUGUAAGACGCGUCUGCCCGAUGAGCACCCCCCGUCGCCCCGCCUCCAGUCCUGGAGGACUCAGCAGCAAUGCCCUGUCCUCCAGUCGCAAAAGUGGCUCCAGCGCUGCGACGCCGUCCUCAGCUACGAAACGGGUAGGUGGCGGUCGCACCGAAGAAGGCAGCGGCCUCAUCGUCACUCGCGGACUGCAGGAGAUUCUCGAGAAGGACCGUAGGACUCGCAAGCCAGAGGAGCCGAGCUCGAGGAGUAAAGGACCCAAGAGUAGCAAGGCACAUCGUCGUGGCGGCGGGCAGGCACCCAACUUCGUCAUUUGCUACCUGUGUGGACGCCAGUUUGGCACGGCCAGCAUUGACAUCCACCGCCCGCAGUGCUAUCUCAAGAAGAUGAUCGAGUGGGAGCGUGGUGACCCCACCGUCCGCGGACCAAAACCGCUGUCGCCGGAGGAGCAUGAGAAGAUGAUGAAGACGCGCGUCGCCAGCGCAGCAGCGGCGGCGGGCACCACUGGCGGGCACCCCGGUGCGUCGAGGUUGUCGGGCAAGGCAAAUAGCCGUGUCACAAACGAGAUCGAACUCUACAAUCAAGUUCAAAUGGACGCCUACAACGAGACGGCACUGGCGCCGUGCCCGAACUGCGGCCGCACGUUCCUGCCGGACCGCCUGCAGGUGCAUCUGCACAGCUGCAAGCCCGGAAAUACCGCCCGUCCCGUUCGGCGUGCGUCGACCGGCGCGGGCAGCAACACCGCCGACACACCCGCGACCGUCACUCCAAUGAACGAGGCGGCCACUUCUGUAUCCCCGACAGCAGCAGCAGCAGCGGCAUCGAAGACGCCGGAUCACCCGGUCCGCGUCGCGCGCGCCAACGGUGCUCCCACCAGCGCCGGUCCGGACAGCGUACCGCCACGCACCGGCAGCGGCGGCGACGCGGUCAUUCACGCACGUGGCAGCUACGUGGUUCCUGAGGACGUCGACGCGGACAGCGCACCGCCGAAGGCGCCGUCGACAACGACGCCGAAGCGAGUGCAGAGUGUACCAAACAGUAACAACAGUGUUGCGCCGCGGCGUGCUGCCAGCGAGGAUGCGGCGGAGGAGGCGGAGCCGCGUGACGUAGCGGUGGUGGAAGACGUGGACGUAGAAGAGGUGAAGCCGCCGUCGCCACGCGCCGACACGGAGCGCUGUCUGUCCUCCGUCGCGAUUCUGCGCGGUGACCCUGAAAUGAGCGGAUCCUCGGCGCCGAAUCGGCCUGCGUCGAUGGAGCCGAGCACGGUGUCAGCGUUGGGCACCACUGUGUCGGAGGAGCAGCACACCGACAACGUCAGCAGCAACAAUAUCAGCGUGACGUACUCGCUGUCGCAGAGCCGAGGUCGCGAGCAUGCGGCGGGCAGUCGGCCACGAAAGCAAGGGUCGGCCAGUGCGUCGCGCACCCGACCGAUGCCGGAGCUGGUGAGCGAACGGUGCGAGGAAGUGGAGGUGGACAUGCAUUCAGAUGAGGACGAGCUGGAGAGUGCGCCGGUGGUGGGCUCGCACAGACCCAUGGGCAACGUGGUGGAGUGUACUGCGGAGCCUGUAGACAACGCGCAGAACAGCAUCAACGAAGAGGAUCAGAAAUGGACCCCCAAGAAGAUCCCCCUCAAUAAUAUUUCGCGCUUUAGGAAUGUGGAGUCGCGGCUGAAGCAGCAGCUGGUGUCGGAGCAGUCGACGCUCGUGCCGUGCAAGUAUUGCGGGCGCACCUUUGUGCCGGAGCGGAUUCAGAAACACGAGGGGUGCUGCGUGGAGCGUAAUAAACCGCCGUCGAGCAGGGGUGCGCUGACGAAGAACCGGCGUGCUUCUGCCCCAGCAUCAACGACGACGAAGCACGCUAAGUCCGCACCCGGCUCGACUUCCACGGUCGCAACUGCAGCGACCCGUGCCGCGGCGUCGCCUCAGCCAUCCAAGGCGCCAACUCCACCUGUUCUGCCGGAUCAGACGAACGGCACUUCGUCCUCCGCACCUGACAAGGCGAAGUUCUGCGGUGGCUGUGGUGCGAGGGUUUCCUCCGACGCGCAAAAGUUCUGCACUGAGUGUGGAUUCAAGCUGUAA